CGGACCCUCUCCGCGCGGCUAAUUUUUCGUCGGUCUUUUCUCUUUAGGAGUGCUGGGUAUGCCGCGCAAGAGGUGCUCGUUCGCCAGGAAGCGCUCGAGGUCUGCACCCGCCCGUCUUCCUCGUUCGGUGUGGUGGCUGGACCCUCAUUCUCGCAAGAACAGCAGCGUCGUUUUCAGGUCCGCUAUGAGGAAGAUUUUGAUGUUGCUGGAGAUCCUGACUACGUCUCUUGGCUUCGAAUUAACCACCCCGAUUCUCCACUUCUAAGGCAUCCUACAGGGCCCCAAACAAGUGCAUCAUCAGGCAAAUCGCUCCUCCAUCACUUUUCAGAUGUCACUCCUGUCGCAGAGAUUGCUGUUGACUCUCCCCCUCCUGACACAGAUAACAGCACAAAAAAACACUCCAUCAACGUCGGCACUCUCAAAGUUCCUGACCCCUCCUCUAGCGUCAACUCCCACUGGUCGAAAAGGAGAGCCACCUCGGGCUCGUUUAUUAACAAGUUGUGCUGCUUUUGAGAUAUUGAAGGAGAAAGAGAGAAAAAAGCAAGAGGAAGCAGAGAUAAAAGAGAAAAAGAAGAAGGAGAGGGAAGAAACAAAGAAAAGGAAGGAAGAAGAACAAAGGAAAAAGGCGGAGGAGCGAGCAAGAAAGCAGGAACAAAAACUGAAGGAGAAAGCUGAAAAGGAAGCACAAAAAGCUAAAAAAGAGAUCAAUCUGAAA